AAACCAGAGGAUGCUGGGACUACGGAGGACUUUGUUUUGUUGGACAUGGCGACGAACAUCGAACUCAUUUUUCGCGAUUUCGUUAUGAAUAAAAUCAAAGAAAUUGAAGACGAAGGUCAGCACUCUGGUGUGGCAAACACAGACCAUCCAAAUGGCGGAGUGCCUAAUUCUGUAGGGCCUCAGGGGCCUGCAGAGAAGGUCACUGAUGGAAUGGAGAAUCGGGGGGAGACUCAUAUUGACCCUGCCCCGGCUGAAGUAAUGGAAUGUCCCACAAAUUCACAACCAGAACCGGUCAGAGUCUGUGAGAAUACAGGUUCUGCCAAAGGCCUGGCCAGCAAGGAGGAAAGUGAGACGACACGCAAGAAAAAUAAGAAGCACAAACGGCAUAAAAGCAAAAAGAAAAAGAAGAAACGCAAGGAAGAGAAAGGGAGCAGCUCGGAAUCAGGGUUGGAGUCAGAUGGAGAACCACGAAACCAACCUAGUGUGAAGACUGAAGUUGGUGCCACUGUAGACGGAAGAGACUGUGGAGGGGCUGUGGAAAAAGCUUCAAGAACUCUGCUGACAGGGGAAGAUGGAGAAGGAAGGACCAAAAAAGAGAAGCGGCAUAUGCCCAAGAAAAAGAAGAAGAAGAGCAAGAAGAGAGACGAGGAGAAGAUGGAGAGGAAAUCGCCCCCCCAUUCUCCGUCUGGCAGCACCUCGGUUUCUGGUACAGAGUCGGAGAGGGAGUGCAGGCCCAAAUCAAGACUCCCCACAACAUCACCUGCGAUCACUGCAGACAAGCUCAAAGAGCAGUCAUUAUCUGCUGCCUGCCCAGAUACACAAGCGGUGAUAGCAUCACCUUUAGCGGACAAUGUGGCCGUAAACUGCAAGCCAGUGUGUGGGGAACACUCAGCUGAGAGGAAAGACUUUUUAACUACUGAAGGCUUAGCUGCAGAGCAUAAGGGCAACCAAGAGGCUUUUUGCAAAUCUCAGGACUUACCUGAUAAAAUCCCCAAGCGUGAGAGCGCACACAGGGAAGACACAAUGAAGGAGGACUUCUCAAGAGAAGUAAACAGGCAGGGUGAACAAAAUAAUGGACACAGUUCAAGGUCCCGAUCAAAGUCACGAUCGCUCUCAAAAUCAAAGGGAGCAACAUUAUGUAAGGUCCAAGUGAAGAAGAGCCGUAGUCAUUCCUGCAGUCCAAAGCGACAAGCUGAUAAACCUGGUUCUCGAAAGGCUCACUCCGCAUCCAAAAGGGGGUCAAGGUCUGCCUCCAAACGGAAAGACAGCCCAAAGAGAAAGCGUUCCAGGUCUCAUUCAGGGAGGCGGAAGUCCAGGUCUCGGUCCGUUAGAAGGUCCAGGCGCAAGUCCAGAUCUCUUUCAGCUAAGAGGAGACCACGCUCAAAAUCCAGGUCAAAAUCCCUCUCGAGGCGCAAUCAUUCAAGGUCCAGAUCAUGGAGGUCUAGGUCUCAUCGGCGCAAUCAGCGCUCUUCGUCUCGGUCUGUAAGGAGAACCAGGCAGUCGAGAUCCCGGUCCAGGUCGCGGCGCAGAAGGUCACGGUCCAGGUCGAUCAGACGAACCAGGCGGACUCGAUCAAGGUCCGUUGUGAUCUUGAGGAGGUCAAGGUCUCAGAGAAACAAACGAUCACCUUCAGCACGACGGCGUAGAUCCAGAACAAGGUCCCCAAAAAGAAGGCAGUCUAAAUCCCGGUCAAAAUCAAGAUCCCUUCAGCAGAAGAAGCAUUCAAAGUCCAGAUCUCCAGGAAGACGUCAUCGUUCAAAGUCAAGAUCUCCCAAACGUGGCAGAAAAAAGUCUAAAACUCCUGAGAGAAAGCAUUCGAAAUCAAGUUCCCCAGCAAGAAAAGAAUUAAAAUCUAGAUCUGUCUCAAGAGAUGGACAAUCAUCUGAAAGGAGUUUGUCCCCAGUCAGAGUAGAGUUAUCCUCCAAACCUGGAUCCCAUAGCAAAAGUCAGCUGGAUGCAGACCUGACCUCAUCUGAAACGGAAGAGAAGAGAGUUAUUCCAGAAAUUACAGAUCAAGUGGAUGUUACAUCUGUUAAUACGGAAGUGAGCUCACUGAAAGCAGAAGCCCCCUUUGACUUGAGCAGUCAAGAAACGGGAGAGUCCUCAGCUCUUUGUGCUGAACAUAGUAUAGACCAAUCAGAGAAGGAUGUGUCUCCCAUGGGUUCCUGGAAACCAGUGCCACCCUUAGUUGAUAGUAAGACAGGGCCCAACUCUACUUCUGUACAGGAAGUUGCCAGCAGUGCCACUAUUAAAGGACAGGGUGAUGUCACAACAAAUAUGCAUGAAAAUAAAUCUCCACCAAAUGGUGAAGAUGCAAAGUGCUUUCCUGCUAAAAUGCCUUUAAUCAACCGAGAGGUUUCAGAGCCUAUAGUCUCAUACACAGCCUCUCAUGACACUCAGCCAAUACUAAGCUCUGCGGUUGUGUCUGAAGAUGGAAACGAAGGCACUGAAUGUAAAUCCAGGUCUGUUUCACCACAGAAUGACAGGUUAUGUGAGCCCUUACCAUCUUCAGACAGAUCAGCACUUGGACAAUCAGAGGGCACUGCCUUUACGGAGAUGAAACCGGAAUUGGAUAUAGUAACUCCACAUGACUGUGGAAGCUCAAAGUCAAGGUCUCCCGUGAAGCAUGAUGGUGACUGUUCGCACUCAUCAUCAACAGAGGAAAAGCAACCUGCUACAAUUAAAUCCAUGUCUCCUGUACAGAGCAAAAAACAUACAUCAUCAAAGCAAAGACAGCCAUCAAAAUCUCCUACACAAAAAAAGUCUAGAAGUGCCUCAAGGAAUAAGAGAUCCAACUCCAGGUCACCUUUGAGGCGGAAGCGUUCAAGGUCCACCUCAUCUUCGCAUAGAAAGCGAUCCCAAACAAAAUCUACCAAACACAAAAAAUCCAAAUCAAAGUCACCAACAAAGAAGAGAAAAUCCAGGUCUCCAUCUCGCAGCCGCAAAAAAAGGUCCAAAUCAAAGUCUCCCUCACGGAGAAGACGAUCAAGGUCAAAGUCUGCAGGUAGAAAGCGGAAAUCACCAUCAAAAUCAAGGAAUAGGGCCAAGCGUUCACAGUCUAGGUCCCCUAAAAGAAAACGGUCCAGGUCUAGGUCACCAGCCAGAAAGAAACGAUCAAAGUCCCGGUCUCCAGCUCGCAGGAGAAGGUCUAAAUCUGCAGACAAAAGCAAACGAUCAAAGUCUCGUUCCCCUGCACGGAGGAGACGGUCACGGUCAAGGGCCCGACGUUCACGGUCAAGGAGGUCCAGCUCUCGCCGGAGGAGAAGUGGUUUUCCACUGGACCGACGGGACAGGUGGAAGCGUACCCCGAGCCACUCCCCUGUUCUUAUCCUGCGCAAGAGGAGGUCCACUUCACGCCCCCGCCGCAGCUCCAGCAAGACCCCGCCACGCCUCACUGAGCUAGAUAAGGACCAGCUGCUGGAAAUCGCCAAAGCGAACGCAGCUGCCAUGUGCACCAAGGCCGGCAUGCCUAUCCCAGAGAGCCUCCGGCCCAAAUCCGUGCUCCAGCUGCCCCUCUCGUCUGGGGUCUCCACGGCCAUGGGUUUGCCCCUGCCCUUGAACCUCCCGUUGAAUCUGUCCAUGGGCAUGUCCAACAUGCCCAACAUUGCCAUGAACGCUGCCCUGUCCACCAUGAGUGCCCUUAUGGCCAUGCCUGCACUGCCCACCAUCACCAACAAGCCCCCACCCACGGUCGCCCCCAACACUGCCAACAUCGAGGAGGUGAAGAGGAAGGUCACGCAAAAGGCUAACAGUAUCAGCAUCAAAGAGCUCACAGAGAAGUGCAAAAAGAUUGCAGAGAGCAAGGAGGAGAUGGCCAUCGCCAAGCCGCACGUCUCUGACGACGAGGACGACGAGAAGCCGUUCGGGGGACUGGGUCUCAAGGAAAACAAGGGAAUCACCUUCAGCCUCACUAACUCCUCUGCCAAACCGGUGGCGAAAACAGAAGCGGCGUUUGCCAAGGAGUUCCCCGUGUCCUCCGGCUCGCAGCACCGCAAGAAGGAGGGCGAGGGGGCCUACGGGGAGUGGGUUCCCGUGGACAAGAAGACAGAGAAGGCUGCAGCGGCGACGCCCGCGGCAGCGCCGGAUGAAGAGACCAAGGGCAAGGACAGCGACAGCGUCUUCCCUGACGCGCCUCUCCAGCCUGUAGACAUCACGCUGGCCGUGAGCGAGAGGGCGGUGGCCCAGAAGCGGCUGGCUGAGAACCCCUUCGACGUCAACGCCAUUUGCAUGCUGAGUCGGGCACAGGAGCAGGUGGACGCGUGGGCGCAGUCCAACACCAUCCCCGGGCUCUUCACCGGCUCCACGGGCGCCCAGGUUCUGUCCUCCGAGGAGCUGUCCACCAGCGGGCCUCAGGCCUGGAUCAAGAAGGACCAGUUCCUCCGGGCCGCGCCCGUCUCUGGAGGCGUGGGCGAGUUCCUGAUGAGGAAGAUGGGCUGGCGGGCCGGGGAAGGCCUCGGGAAGUACAGGGAGGGAACGGUGGAGCCCAUCGUCAUCGACUUCAAAACCGACCGCAAAGGUCUAGUGGCAGAGGGGGAGAAGACGCAGAAGUCUGGCAGUCUGGUGGUGAUGAAGGACCUGCUUGGGAAACACCCUGUCUCAGCACUGAUGGAGAUGUGCAACAAGAAGAAGUGGGCACCACCCGAGUUUGUCAUGGUGCAUGACAGCGGACCUGACCACCGCAAGAACUUCCUGUUCAAGGUGAUGAUAAAUGGCGGUGAAUACCAGCCCCAGACUGCCAGCCCCAAUAAGAAACACGCCAAGGCAAUGGCAGCUACGGUGGCCCUGCAGGCCAUGGGGGAGGUAUCCGGGGACAACGUCUACAGCGGACCUGUUUUUACAGCAGCCACCACCACAGCCUAAGCCCCCUCGUCCCUGUGCGUCUGCACACACACACACACACACACACACACACACACACACACACUCUGCUGUUCAGCUACUGUACCUUUCUGAACCCACAUACACAAACUUGCAAAAAGAUGCUGGCUAACCGUACAAUUUCUGAAAACACGCUUACACACCGCUUUCACCCACCGCUGCAAAAUCUAGAGCCCUGGACUAACUGCUGAAGGAUCGUAUUUCAGUGCUUUGUACAGACAGCAACAACGCAUUGAGAAAAUCACCUUAGGACUUGAACCUUGGACUUAAAUAUUUGUGCUGAAAGUGUUUGCAAACGUGAGCGGCUGGAGGAGCGGAGUGAAGCUGGUCCUGACCGAGUGGAUGUGCAGGACUGAGGGCCUGAGGGACCAGAUACGGUUUCAUUUUACACGGCAGAGCGCAGCCCAACACCCCAGCUCUCUUCAGAGCACGAGGUUGGACAGAAGAAAUAUUUUAACUGGCUGUGGACUCCCAUGGACUCCUGCUUGUUGGUAAAUAGUUGCUCAUGGCCUCUUCUCCAGUGUUCUCUUCCGGAAAUUGGCAUGUGUAAUUUCACAGUUUUUGCAUGAAUGUUUUUGGUAUUGGGCCAAAAAAAGAUGCCAUAUAAACCUUCACCUUUCCUGUAUUAGCCUGCUAGGCAAAGUGUGUCCCAUUAGUACAAACACACUUUAGUUACAGUGUGCAAUAUGUCGGACGUCCAAUCAUACUACAUUCAGUUCAUUCAGUGGCAGGAGCGUAACCCUUUUCCAGUUGGCUUUAGUAUCAGAGGAGGAGGGUUUUUUUAAGUAGUCGUUUACCACAUUUUCCGUUGUGGAUCAAGUACAAAAUCAAUGCUUCAGUACAGUAAUUUCUGGUAUUUUUGGAUAAAGCAUUAAUAUUGCACCGAAUUUGUUCUUUACCCGUGCCUGUUUGACUCUAGGUGGGAAUAUGGCUGUGUUUGUCCAUGGAAUCAGCCAUCAAUUUGAUUGGUUACAAAAGAUGAGUGACGGGUGUUCCGACUGCUGUGUCCCACCUCAGGGUGGAGCUUUUGUUUUACGGUGAAUGACGCGAGUGUUUUCAGAUGCCAAAAGACAGUAUGAAAAUGUUAGCAUUGUUAAAAAACAUUUUAAACAUUGGUAGAUUAGUUUAAUUUUAUAUUCCUGCUUUUCAAAAUGCUGCUUGAUAUUUUAAUGUACCUUUGGCAAGUGUCAAAGUGUUUUUUUGGAUGUUUUCUGUUGCCAGUUGUAAGAUGAGCAUGUCGCACUUAAGUUCCAAUGUUAUAAGUGAUAAUGUUCGGGAGUGUAAUUCCAAUCAAGAUGUGGUAUUUUUUAUUUUUAUGAUGAGGGUUCCUUCUGCUAAGUACUGCUAAGACACUGGUCUGUCACAGUGAUGAGAUCUGGCUCAUGUAAUAAUAAUCCUUAUUUUCCUUUACAAAUGCAUUUAGUUCUGCCUUUUAUAUGCUGGUCAAAGGCAUACAAGAGUGAGCUCAGAGAAAGUCAUGUUUUUGUUUGCUUUCUUUUUUAUGCACACUGAAAUGGCAUCAGUUUGAGUGAAAUAUUAAUUUUAAACAGUGAUUACUUGGUGUAAAAAGCUACUUCUUUUUUUUGACAACGAUUUUGUGAAACAGUUGCAACCCUUGAAUAGUGUCAUUUCAGUUUUAGAAGAGAUUUACAGGAAUUAUUUUAACAGGUUUUAAAUAUCAUGGAUAAUUAUAUUCCGAGAAGACUGUCAUUUUUUUUUAUUGAUUAUAUCCAUUAUAACACUGCUUUUUAACUCCUUCAUGAAGCAGUCUGUUCUGAUGUGUAACUGUGCUGCAGAUCUAAUGCAGUUGAAGUACUGCUCAGACACAGCCGUGAUUUAAAAUGACAUAUUUAAUGGCGAUUGAAAGCCUUGUUUUUAUUUGUCAUACAUAUUAAUAACCAGGAUUUAAGGCAACAUUCAUAUUUAAGACGUUUUUAGGAUCGUGCACUUUUCAUAAAUUCAAAUGAACAAUAAGGCAAGCUAAAUAGAAAUCCUACCUCCCUUGUCAACCUUACUACGGAUGUAAGAAAUUUAAGCUUUUUUUUUUUAAUAAAUCACUUUAUUUGGUAGUGCAAAGCAAUCAUGUAGGUCUGCUGAUGCAAAUUCUUCUUUCCGGUUAGCCUGCGUGGCAUCACUCACUCAUUGCUUUCAGCCACACUGGACUUCAGUUAUGUUUAAGUUGGAGACGUUUCCUUGAAUAAAGCUGUUUAUCUGUUAAGAAA